UUACUCUUGUAAUGAAAUUAAACUAUUAUGUUGCAUUAAAAUAACUUCAAAUUUUCUCUAACUUUAAAUAAUGCCAGUUACUUCCUAAUGACUCCGAUUUAAAUGAAUCAGAAAAGUUUGUUUUUAUAACAAUUUCUAAGCUAAAUGUAUUUGUAUUAUUGUUUACCAACAAUGAGCUGAUAGGUAUAAAUUAUGUUUAUUACAUCACAAACAGUGCAUGGCCUUCUUGUUUUUAAUGAGUGGUCUCCGUCCCCAUUCUUCAAGCGCGAGAAAAACCUUUAAAAAUGCUCUUAUUUUGUCAAAUUUAAACCAAUUAGCAUGCUCUGAUUGUGCAACUGCUAAAAAAAUCAUAAUGUUUAUCAAGUUCAACAUGGAAAUAAGUAACGUGAAUGAUUUGAUCUUGAAAUGGCUUCACUAUCGGCUCUUUUUAAAUACUGAAAGAGGCUCUAUGGAAUUUUGAAUGCCUUUUAAACAUUUUUCUAUGUAACGGUGAGAGAAUAAUAGUCAGAGAAAACACGUCCUUUACAAAAAAGAGUCAGAAUAGCACUUUUGAAUUUAUUUUUCCCAAUACAAAUUAUUUGUAUGUUAUGAUGUAGACACCUGCAGGUGUAACAGGUGAUGACUCAUUUAAAGCACAACGAUUUUUAACAAAUGUUUUCUGAUCAUGUAAUCUAAUCUGAGGAGAUUAAAAUCAACCCUCUGGUGUAAAAGAUGUGCUGUUUUAUGGUGAUUGGGAAGACAAAAACUACUUAGAUCUUAAUAAAACCAGUAUAAAGUAUCAUAAAAAUAUAGGCCUAUAUAGAAUAAGAUAUAUAUCAAGUAAAUGUAUGUUUAAUGGAAUACCUAGCAGCUUUUCAUAUUUUUAGAUCAUUUUUUGAACCAGUGUGUGCUAAAAAGACCCUUUAACGGGUUAAAGAAAGGCCACCCAGCCCUUAUCGCCCCUGUGGCCAUAAUAUUCUGCUCGCAGCUUUAGCCUGGCAGUUGGGACUCGGUUGGGACUGAGAUGACAUACAUGGCGCUGCAGUCUGGUUUCAGCAUGUUUUAGAUCAUAAACACAAUUGAUUUGUUUAAUUUAGAGGUGAAUCUCUCCUGUAGACACUAGUCUGUUAACGCACAGCAAGGAGAUAGGUUUUGCUUUCGGUUCUACAAACGGACACUAGAGGGUGCUAAAAGCAACCAAAACUGCCUAGUUUCCAUUUAAUGUUUGUAUGUUAGGUUUAACUCAUUAACUGGCCAAUGAAGUUGUCAUUUGCAUUUUGUUUACUGUGUCGGCGUCGGAACGAGUCCCCGCACCGUGAGAACAAACAUCCCAGCUCUAAAGCCGAUCUUUAUGCGAGUACGUCACACGUCACGUGAUCAGGAAGCAGAAAAUCCAUGUGUUAGGAGAUCGUUUUGGGACGCUGCUGUAAAUAAAUUUAGGUACGAACCGGAAAAGCUUCUGCCGAUCACAAUUCAACAACGGAUUAUGAAAGAACGGAUAAUGCUCGAAACGCACAGAUUCUUCCUGAUGUAAGAGGUGAGUCUCCUCUUUGUUUUGUUAGUUUUGUCGUUGACGUCAUCCUACCACGCAACGUUCUGUGACUCUUAAAAAAACAGUUAAAACGCUGAAAAAUGCUGGCAGUGAAGGGUUUUCUGAUCAGGAAACGGCUGGCAGUGAAUGAGUUAAGUGCAUUUAGACAGAAACUAAUUAAAUAAAAUAAUUUAUUAGGUCAAAGAAAAGAUGGGUUGUUAGGCUGCUAUAAAAGCAGAGAAAAGCUGCUAUGGGAGCCUAGAUGUCAAUGUGUUUUCUCAGGAAUGUUGAAGCUUGAAUGCUCUAACCACUUGAGAAAAAUACUGCUGGGUGUGUCACGAUCUGCCCCUGCCCACCUGACUGUGUUCCUCUCCUGCCAUGAUUACCCUUAUUGUUCUCACCUGUCCCUCGUUUACCUGUCCAUGUUUCCCUAAUUAGCCCUCUGUAUUUAAACCACCUGUUUUGCCCCUGUCCUUUGUCAGUUCAUUGUUGUUGUUUGUCGGUGUCCUGUUCAUCCCAUCCUGCCAUUAAACCAUUUUUACUUUUACUGAAGCCUGCAUUUUUACCUCCUGCUCAGCUCAUCCACACAUGGUCCAUCAUCUCCACCUCCUACACCGUGACAGGGUGUCACAGCGGAGCAGGGUCAUUCGUCCAUUUUCACUUGUGGUAAAACCCAGCGUAACAUUCGGAACGAGUGGACGUGUGCAUCAUUCAGAAAGCACGUCUAAAUUGUUGCUGGCUUGGAAAGAAGAAUGGGCGAAAAUAGUGACAACAAUUGUUCUUUGACGGACCAGCUGAGCAGCACCCUGACCCGGUCCGAGUGUCUGAGGACUGGCCAUGACUUGGAGGGGGCUUGGCUGGGUCCCCUGCUGACAACUCAGACCCCCAGGUUUCCAGUAAUUUCCUGACAAUCUUUCUGUACCAUUUCUGUGUGAGGAUCCAUCUCUGUCCGGUCUGCCACCAUGGCCAGUCUGGUGAUUAACGAAACUGGAAUGGAGGAUUGUGGGAUUGAUGACUCCUUCAAGUACAACCUGUACUCUUCAGUUUACAGCGUGGUCUUCAUCUUGGGGCUGAUUACCAACUGUGCUGCCCUCUUUGUGUUCUGCUUUCGAAUGAAGAUGCGUAACGAGACAACGAUGUUCAUGACCAACUUAGCGUUGUCUGAUUUAGUUUUUGUUUUCACGUUGCCAUUCAAGGUCUUCUACAACGUCAACCGCAACUGGCCUUUUGGCGAUGGAUUAUGUAAAGUUUCAGGAACGGCCUUCAUCACCAACAUCUAUGGCAGCAUGCUGUUCCUCACCUGCAUCAACGUAGACCGAUUCCUGGCGAUUGUGUAUCCGUUCCGUUCUCGCACUAUUCGCACACGUAGGAAUGCGGCGUUGGUGUGUGCUGCAGUGUGGCUGACCAUCGUAGGCGGAGGGAUCUCUGUGACCUUCUUUUCCACCAUCAACAGCAAACACAGAGCCACCACCUGCUUUGAAGGAUUCUCCAAAAAAACAUGGAAGACCUACCUGUCUAAAAUCACCAUCUUCAUUGAGAUUGUGGGUUUCCUCUUUCCCCUCUUGGCCAACUUAGUCUGUUCUUCACUGGUUCUACGGACAUUGCGCCGCCCAGUGACAGUCGGUCAUGGAUGUGACAGCAAGAAGCGAGUCCUGCGGAUGAUUGUGGUCCAUCUAAGCAUCUUCAUCAUCUGCUUUGUCCCUUAUAACCUCCUGCUCUUCCUGUAUGCCCUCGUCCGAACCCAGGCACUGGCUAACUGCACUGUGGAGCGCUUUGCUCGAACUCUUUACCCCAUCACCCUGUGUCUGGCCAGUCUCAACUGCUGCCUGGAUCCCGUGGUGUACUACUUCACUUCAGAGAGCUUCCAGAAGAGCCUAACCAUCGGAAGUAAAGGGGGGUCCACCUCACGUCCUGACAGUAUCCCCCGUAGUGACACAGAGACCAAGGACACGGCACAAACUCACCUGCAAGACACACACACCGUGGCCAGCAACGGGAAAGAGGUAACGGUAUCUGACAGUCAGUUAUGACUCCCCGUGACCUGAACUGGAACAAUGAAGUAACGAUUGUGGAUGUGGCAAACAAAGCGCUGAGAAGAUUAGCUAAGUCCUGAGGUAAAUCUGGAGGCAUGGCCUGGGAUUUAAGGACUAAUCCACCACUGGAGAACAGAGGAAUGAAUCUGUUUUUGUUAGGGGUGAACUCUGUGGGGACCUCAUUAACACUGGGACCACUGUGAUGGUCCAGAGCCUCAGGAGGAGACUCUGGCUCUCCGUCACUCAGGCUUAACCCACGAAAGCACAAAGAAUCGUUCAUAAAAUACAGGUUUAUGCACAAAUGUUGAGACAUGUCCAGUAUUUUUAUAACACUAAAAUCUUUAAUUCCUAAUAUUAGAAAGUUGAGGCAAUCAAAAAGUGUAAUAUUUUAUUAGACAUUAAUGUCAGAUUUGUUACUACUGUAAGAAGUUAUUUUCUAUUGAUCUGCUGAGUUAAAUAUGUCUAAUGUUAAUGCUUUAAGACACUAAACGUCCUUUUGAAUGUA